AUAGAAUACACGAGGUUUCAAAAUAACUAUUUUUGAAAUUAUAGCAGUUUCGUUGGACUUGAGAAUUGUGAACCUUUUUAUUUCACUGCAAUUUGAGUGCGAUUGUAUCCCUAUUUUAACACUCACCCAUUCGGAAAUUGUGUAAUUUUUUUUCGGGUAAGAAGGUCAACCCCCCUGCAGAAGUCCGAAGGUGCCCGUACGCCUAUGUUUCAGUUUCUCCAUUGUUUUGUCUGAUCUUUGCAGCCGUUGAUUCGACACGUUUCUUUCCACGUCGUCUUCAGUUAAAAAUAAUACGUUGACUGCGAAAUCAAAGAAUAUCAAGACUUAUUUAGGUAAUGAAAAAUUUACGUUUAGCCAUCUUGAAUUUUUAUUUUUUUAGCCAAAAGAGUGGGUGUUGGGAGAUAGAGGGAGACAAGACAGCCUUGACGGUAGUUCCGAUGAGAUUUCACUUCAUUGGCUAAAGUCUUGAGUCCAUAAGUAAUAAAUCACACUAUCUUCCAAUAGCAUCAUUGCACAACACCUGCCUCUAAGUCUCCAUUCUUCGUUAUAACGCAAACGAUGUUAUAUUUUUCGCGAUUUCUGCAUUUUAAUUUCACUCGUUAAUUGUAUUUUGCGGGGAAGGACCGCGAGAAGGCAAAUUAACAAAACAUUUGAAAUCAGUUGGAGACGGUAUUGUCGAAUUUCAAUCGAGGUGUCCACCGCGAUCUACUUUUUCUCGGAACUAAAUUUUAACAUUUUCUUGUUUCACGAAGUUCGCUAAUAUGAAUAUUUAAUUGAAAUCGCUGAUCGAUCAACGUCCAUUUACACAUUAGAUUCAGUACGGAUCUAACUUUUCCUGUGGCGAUUUAUUUACCCAGAAGAAAACCACAUUUUUUCCUCUUUCGAAAAGUGACGAGGAAGUCCACCGUUCGUCAAGAAAGAAUUUUCUUCUACUGCAUUAGUAAGACUGGAACAGGCAACUCAACCUGGCUGGAUAACACACUGGUCGGUAAAUCACAAACUGAAUGUUUCUAUGGAAAAUUAAUGACAACUGUAAAUGCUUAUUCGUCUUCACCGUAUAAAUCCAGACCAAAUGGAUUAUAGAAAAUUACCCUCUGAGAUGUAGCAACUGAUUGAAGUUCACUUUGAAAGGAACGUAAACGGUUUUGAAGCCGAGAAUUCUCAAAGCCUCUCGAAAACUGAAAUUAUCGAUUGAAACAGAGUAAAAUCAGAUUUACCGGUCAAGAGACAACAACGUUAAUAGCUGGAGUUGGGAAAGGACAGAAACAUGGAUAAGGCACGAGCCGACAGCGAUGCAUCUAUGAAAACUCCAAUGCUUGACAAAGAAGUAACGCCGAUUAGUGUUACCACAGAACCGACAAAUCCUCAAGACGAUUUUGGCACUUUUCCCUGCGUUUCGCCUUACGACGACGACACUAAACAGAAGAAAACCAAACUUUCAACGCAGGAAAAGCAGCGAUGGCGGCGUGCGGCUUUAGCCGUGUCUUUCGCCUCCAUGUACGUUACGCUUAUGCUCAGCAUUGCUUCAUUUGUCAGUUCGGGAUAUUCUGAGAGUUCUGCGGCGUUCGCCAUCGCUUUCGACGCCAUGCUCGGCGUUGUAUCUUCAGGUAUGAUCGUGUGGCGUUUCUACCGAGGAGUUAACGGCGACUUGGGUCCCGGUAAAGAGCGCACGGCUUGUGUAGUUAUAGCAGUCUGCUUCAUCUUAUCUGCGCUAAUGAUGUUCGCCAGGGCGAUAGAGUUCCUUGUCAGCGAUUUGGAGCCAAGAAGAACAAUCGCUCUCCUCGCUAUUUCAGUGGUCGGAUUCCUGUGUUAUUCCGCUUUCUUCUGGCUAAAAUACCGCAUUGCUGAUAAGCUACAGAGUGUGGCGUUAAGGAUCGACGCGAUAGAUUCCGCAUGCGGGGCAGCAAUGGCGCUAGGCUUGAUCAUAAGCACCAUCAUCUACAGUGAAAUGCAUUCCACAUGGUGGCUGGACUCCGGCAUUGCUUUAGCCAUCGCCUUUAUUACUUUCUGUUAUGGUUGCUUGAUUAUUGUUAAAAUAGUGUGGAAGAAAGAGAAAUUUGGAGUACCCGAGGAAUACGAACUGUUUUGAAGAGAGAAACACAAACAUUAAUUAAGUUAAGUUCUUUUCUUUAACGGGGCUCACAGUAGAUCGCGGUUUUUUUUCUCUAAUUUAUUUUUUUUAGACAAAUACAUAUAUUUUUUUCCGCUGUAAGAUUUUAAAUUUAUUCCGGAUGCCUUUUAAGCUAACAAAACACCUGCCUCAUAUGCCUUUGCUUUUUCUCCUAAAUUUCGAUUUAGUUCAGUUUAAAUUCAAAAUGUAUGCGAUUUAAAUGUAAGUAAAAGAACUGUAUUUUAAAAACUUGAA